AUGUGCCACCGUCGCAAACAGGACUACAGUGGCAACAGCUACCUGGGCCUCCACCUGGGCACCCAGCUCCUGCGCGCCCUGAUCCUCGACUCCAAUCUAAAAGUGGCCUAUGUGGCCCAGAUUCGAUAUGACGUCGACCUGCCCGAGUUCAAGACCAAGAAUGGUAUCCUAGCAGACGGAGGACCCGGUGAAUACUUGGCCAAUCCAGUGAUGUGGGUCAAGGCGCUGGACAUGCUGAUGGACUGCCUGGAGAAGCAGGGAGCGGACCUCCACUCAAUAGCCUCCAUUGGUGGGGCGGCGCAGCAGCAUGGUUGUGUCUUCUGGUCGGAUUUGGGACUAAGACGUCUUUGCAAUCUGAAUGCCAAUCUCCGCCUGCAUGAACAGCUCACCGAAAGUGCCUUCGAGUUGACCAGGACGCCCACUUGGAGGGAUUCGUCCACGGAUGAACAGGUGCGCGAAAUGGAGCAGGCAGUCGGAGGGCCAGCUGAAAUGUCCAGCAUCACGGGAUCUCGGGCUUAUACCAGGUUCACGGGUCCACAGAUCCGCAAGGUGUACACCCAGUGCACGGAGCACUACGAGAGAUGUUCGAGGAUCUCCUUGAUCUCCAGCUUCCUGGCUUCCCUACUCAUCGGGGGCAUGGCCUCCAUAGACUACACCGAUGGCUCGGGAAUGAAUCUGUUGGACAUCCGGCGCAAGAAGUGGUCACCCAAGUGCCUGGAUGCCUGUGCUCCUGAUUUGGCCAGGCGUCUAAUGAAACCCAUACCCUCUAAUAGACUCCAGGGAAGAGUGGCAGAUUACUAUGUGAAGAGGUGGAACUUUCGACCCGACUGCAUGGUGGUGGCCUCCGCCGGGAGCAAGGCCUCCGAACUGGCCGGUCUUCUCGAGGAGAAUAACUUCCUUAUGCUAUCUCUAGACACCAGUGAUGUGGUGGUGAUGCCUCUGAAGCGGGCUCCCCGUUUGGAGGAUGGCCAUGUGAUGUGUCAUCCCACGCGGACCGAUGAGUUCAUGGGCAUCCUGUGCUUCCACAAUGGUGGAUUAGUUCGAAAGGCCGUUUGCGAGGAGCUGGCCAAUGGCAGUUGGGUGAGGUUCUACGAGAUGCUGGAUCAAACGCCCCCCGGGAAUAGUGGCAAUGUGGCUGUGCAUUUCAGGGAUCGAGAGAUUAUACCCAUUGCCCAGGGAACUCUGCGUUGGGAUGCGGGGAUAGACUACAUGUCAGCGGAGUGCUUGAGGGGUCGUCCUGCCUUUGCCACACCGGAAAUCGAAGUGCGAGCUGUGAUCGAGGGACAGAUCAUGCACCACUAUGCCAUCGCCCGGGAGAUGGGCUUCAAUAAAUCCAAGUUUACGAAGGUGAUAGUGGUGGGUGAGGACUCGAGGAGCCAGCAAGUCCUGCAGAUCGUGGCGGACAUCUUCGAUGCUCCUGUUUAUCAGAGAACCGGAGUGGAGGUGAGCCUCUUGGGUUGCGCCUUUCGAGCGAGAUACGCCUUCUACGAGCAUCGGGAAUCGAAUUGCAAUUGCCAAUCCUGCAGGAUGCCCAAGGGCAGGGAGCCCCGACUCACCUACGAGGAGUUCUUUAAGAAUGUGCCCUCUGGCCUUCACCUGGCUGCGGAACCCACCAAGGAUUCCGAGAAGAUCUACACUCCGUUGAUCGCGAGAUGCUCGCAAAUCUGCCGACUGCUGGCCGCCAAAUCCAGUGUGUACUUUUACCAUGAUUCGGAGUAACUAACUAAGAUGGCUUUUCUUUGUUUCUUUCUACGUUUCUACUAAGCAAAUCAAUAAAAUAACCUAACGAGUAAA